AUGAGUCAGGACCCAGGUAUCGCCACGCUGAGUGAAGAUAAUCCAGGCGGAGCCUCACCUUCAACGGAAUGUGAUGUUUCCGCGCCGAAUGGCGUAGGCGAGGUGCCGAAAGACGAGAAAGAAGAAAAGAGCAGAGAAAACGAGGCGGCAGAGGACAAGGACGAGACGGAGAACGGCGGCGGUGCCGAAGAAACAAACAAUGGAUCCAAGGACAGCGAGACGGAAAAGGCCAUAGAGGCGGAGAAUGCCACGGCGGAGAUCCCUGAAACUUCUGAGACGUCCGAGAAGGAAGCCGAAGAGAAAGACGAAGAGAAGGAUUCUGAAGAGCCAAAAGAGCUUUCUGAAGAUUCACCAAAAGAGCAGUCUCAAGACUCACCAAAAGAGCUUUCUGAAGAUUCACCAAAAGAGCAGUCUCAAGACUCACCAAAAGAGCUUUCUGAAGAUUCACCAAAAGAGCAGUCUCAAGACUCACCAAAAGAGCAGUUUCAAGACUCACCAAAAGACCUGUCCCAAGAUUCAAAGUCGGCACAAGAACCAGAGGCUCCUCAAGAGCCCGAAGAGGCCCAGAAGACGGAAGAUUCUCCCCAGAAUGGCGCCACUGACAAUUCUCACGCCGACUCCCACAAUGAAGCUCAAAUACAGAUAAAAGUCACCGACGAACAGGCAGAGACCAAACCACAUGAUGAGCCUGCUGGACCGGAAAAGGAAAACGCCAAUGGCACUCUUUCAGCAGACGCAGAUACACGGGGCUCGCGUAAUACGUCGAUCUCCAAUAGCUCGAUCGUUUCUGUUGCCGGCUCUGGCAGGAAAGCCUCGACGAGUCGCCCAAGUGUCGACUCGCGGCGCCCGCUUGCCAAAGUGGAAAACUACCAGAUCUUCAAGAAGUCGCUUGAAGGCAUUGGCUCGAGCCGCGAAGCCAGCAAAAAUGAGCGUCUUCGCUCGGCCACAGAAAGGGCCGUGGCGCUGCUCGACAACUCGGCGUCGCGAGACCCACAUGUCAUAUUCGAGGCAUUGAAGUUGGCCUGUGAAUCGGGAUCCAGUGCGCUUCGGUCGCAGGCAGUGGAUCUUUUCGCCAAACUUUUCGACUAUGCCAUUUUCGAGGACGAGAGCGAUCGCGUGGCUCUCACAGAUCUGUCUGUAGAGGUGAUCGCCGCGUGUUUCGAAGGCGAAGGAACUGAUCCGGACGUGGAGAUGCAAGUUGUCCGGGCACUCAUGCACAGUAUUCUACUCAUGCCUACGCAUGGAGCCUCGCUUUUGAAAGCGGUUCGUCAAAUCUACAAUGUUUUCAUCUUCUCCUUGUCGCCCCGCAACCAGCAAGUGGCACAGGGAACGUUGACGCAGGUAAUUGGGGCCAUUUUCGGCCGUGUGGGUGAAAAAGAGAAGGAGAGAAGCCUCUCAGAAGGCACAGAAGCGUCCGAAACGGAAGCAGCAUCCGAAAGCGCCAAUGAAACGAGCGACGCAAACGGGACAAGCGAUUCGAACGACGCAGCACAGAAAACCGCAAAGCCAAAGGUAUCUGCUCCCGUGACUCUCGCCAACUUAGAAGGCGGUGACAGCGGCGACGGCCAAAGAGUGGCAGAAGCAAACCUGGCGCUGGAGAAAGAUGCAGAUCUCGCAGUGAAAGACGCCUUUCUUAUUUUCCGAGCCAUGUGCAAGCUCUCGGUCAAGGACUUGGACACAGACAAUGUUGACAUGCGCUCACACCUGGUGCGGUCCAAGUUGCUCUCGUUGCAUGUGAUUCACACCAUCUUGAAGAACAACAUUGACAUCUUCUUGAGCAAGCACGUGGUGAUUCUUCUGGCUGGGUCCGACGACCAGACGUGUUUGAUUGAUGCUGUGAGACUGUACUUGUGUCAGGCUCUUAUCCGCAACGCUGCGUCGCCCUUGGCCCCCGUUUUCGAGUUGUCGUUGGAGAUCUUCUGGCUUUUGUUGGCCAACCUCCGCUCCGAAUUCAAGAUGGAAAUCCCCGUGUUCUGGGAGCAAAUCUACUUCCCUGUGGCGGAAAUGAAAACGUCCACGGCCCACCAGAAACGCUACUUGCUUUCGGUGAUGGAACGUUUGUGCAAUGAUUCGCGUUGCAUCAUUGAGUUUUACUUGAACUACGACUGCGACAGCGCACAGCCAAACAUCUGUGAGAAGCUCAUUGACUACUUGACCCGCUUGUCUUUGGCCCGCGUAGAAGUUCUGCCUGCCCAAAAAUUGGCCUACAGAGAAAACAAGCGCAACGGCAUCUCUCUAUACGACGUGAGCAAGAUCGCCAACUUAACCUCGUCCACGAUGUCUUCUCGUCCACCCGAACCAGAGAUUUACGCUAGCUUCCCGUUGGAGUACGCCAUGAAAAUGACGUCUCUCAGCUGCUCGGUGGCGUUUUUGCGCUCGCUCCAUCUGUGGGCCCAAAAAGGUCUCUCCUCAAAACGCAUGUCGGUAGUCAAAGGAUCAGCAUCGCUGUUACCGAGCCGAUCUACGUCGCGCAAUGCUUCUUUCGUUGGGCUGAACUCGGUGCAAGAACCCUCGGACCCAGAUGCACCUGAACAGUUUGAAACACAGAAGCAGCGCAAGAAGGCAUUCUUGGAAGGCGUACGCCAGUUCAAUGUCAAGCCCAAGAAGGGUGUGGCCUACUUCAUUGAGCACGGCUUCAUCCCGUCAGAUAGUCCCCGUGACAUUGCUGUUUUCUUGCUCGAAUGUGAUGCUUUGGAUAAAGCUGCCAUGGGCGAAUACUUGGGAGAAGGCCACGACCGCAACGUCGCUAUCAUGCACGAGUUUGUGGACCAAAUGGACUUCCGCAACACUCUAUUUACUGAUGCCAUGCGUACUUUCCUUCAGGCGUUCCGUUUGCCGGGUGAAUCGCAGAAAAUCGACAGGUUUAUGUUGAAGUUCGCGGAGCGCUAUGUGCUUGGCAACCCAGGGGUGUUCACCAAUGCUGAUGCUGCCUAUGUGUUGGCAUACUCGACAGUAAUGCUCAAUACAGACCAGCAUUCGCCCCAAGUGAAAAACAGAAUGACUGUGGACAACUUUGUGGCGAACAACGCCGGAAUAGACGAUGGAAAAGACUUACCUCGUGAGCUCUUGGAGAACAUUUACUACGAGAUUCAGCGCAAUGAAAUCAAGUUGCAGUCUGAACAGCAUGCAGCUCUUUUGGCUGGCGAACAAGCGGUUUCAAGUGGACCAACCGGUUUUUUCGGCGGCCGAGACUUGACUAGAGAAGCCUACAUGCACGCGUCGAAAGAGAUGUCGACUAAAACAGAAAAGUUGGUAAAAAGCUUGGGCAAGAAAUUGCGUUCCGAGGAUGCAAACGUGUUCCACGCGGCAUCGCAUGUUCAUCAUGUUCGGUCGAUUUUCGACACGGUGUGGAUGUCGAUUUUGGCGGGACUUACUGCUCCAUUCAAAGAAUUUGAUGACGAAGAUGUGACAAAUUUGUGCUUAGAGGGCAUAAAGUUGUCUAUCCGAAUCUCAUGCAUGUUUGAAUUGCAGUACGCUAAACGGUCGUUUAUUCGAGCAUUGGUCCAGUUCCAGAAUUUGAAUAACAUCGAGGACAUCAAACAAAAGAACAUUGCUGCCAUAUACAUCAUGCUUGAUGUGGCUGUUUCUGAAGGUAAUUACUUACAAAAGUCUUGGAUUGAUAUUUUGACGUCGAUUUCUCAGCUCGAGCGUUUGCAGUUGAUUGCACAAGGUGUGGACCAAGAUUCGAUUCCAGAUCUCUCUACGGCAAAAUUGGUAAACAGAAGCUCGCUCGAAAGCUCUUCUUCUGCGCCUACGGGUUUCUUCCUGUUUGCUACGAAGGAAAGCACAUUCCAAACUGCAGCAAACAAGUUCCACAACCAGCACUUGUCUGCUGAGGCAGCCUCUCUUUUAAACCGUACAGCACUUGGCGUUGCAAUGGAUAAAGUUUUCACCAACAGUGCUGAAUUGACUGGUGAAGCUAUUCAAGAUUUUGUGGAGGCCUUGAGUGAAGUCGCAUCUGAAGAAAUCGAAUCUUCAGGCCAAUCAGCUAACCCAAGGAUGUUUUCUUUGCAAAAAGUAGUGGACAUAUGUUACUACAACAUGAGCAGAAUUCGUUUGGAGUGGUCGCAAUUGUGGUCUGUCAUGGGAGAGAUUUUCAAUGUGGUUGGCUGCAACAGGAACGUUGCUGUUUCCUUUUUUGCAUUAGAUUCUCUUCGCCAGCUUUCAAUGCGCUUCUUGGACAUCGACGAGUUGUCUCACUUCAAGUUUCAAAAGGAAUUCUUGAAACCGUUCGAACACAUUUUCAUAAAUAACGAUGCAUAUGAUGUCAAGGACAUGGUGCUUGAGUGCAUCAACAAUAUGAUGAUGGCGAAGGCUGACAAAAUCAAGUCGGGUUGGAAAGCCAUCUUCGGCGUUUUGAUUGCAGCAGCGAAAGAACGCAAGGAGAGCAUCGUUACCAAAGCGUACAAAAUGGCGUUCACAAUAAAUAAAGAAUAUUGUGAUGAAGUGAGAACACAGGACUCGUUUGCGGAGUUGGCUUCUUGUUUCACGGAAUUUGCUAAGAACGAGCGUUUCCAAAAGGUCAGUUUAUUGUCGCUUGAAGUUUUGUCCAAGUUGAUUGUACAGAUUGCAAAGUACACCAUAGAACAGGAGAAGACCAUAACUAUUCGUGAAGAUGGCGAGAGAUCCGAAUAUUUGAGCAAGCUUUGGUUUCCGAUCUUGUUUGGCUUUUAUGAUAUCAUCAUGUCGGGAGAGUUGGAGGUUCGGUCCAAAACUCUUACGCAAUUUUUCGAUAUUUUGCUCAAGUACGGAGAACACUUUGAGGCUGAUUUCUGGGAUUUGGUUUACCACAAGUUGCUAGCACCGAUCUUUGGCGUCUUGUCCAACCCAUGGGAGUUAAAAUACGAAGAUGAAUUCAACCCAAGCAACAGCACCAGCGAAAAGGACAAGCUCUCUUUCUGA